AUGGACAUCCGUGCCCUCCAAUGCAAGCCUGCCAUACGAGAGACAUGCCGCACAAUACGCUCUAAGGCUGGCUUGGCGUGGGGAUGGUCUUGCCUAGAGAUCCUUCCGGGCUUGGCUAGGCUUACAAAGACAAGCUCCAACAAGACGGAUGGCGCUGUGCGCGUGGCCAUUGCUCCGUUGCGCCGAAAACUUUGA